GUCGAAACUUUCUCACUUCAUCCUCCAGAGCGCAUAAAUAUUCGUCAAUUACAUCGGUAUCCACCGAUAAAUCAACAAAAACUUCAGGCGGCAUUUUGUAAUCAAUCAAAGAAAAAACGCACACUCCGUAAAAAAAAAAUCUAGGGAAAUUAAUUGGCAGGUUAUCUGAGUUUCUCGAAAGUUUCACCGUUUGAGGUUAUUAUUUUACCCAACAUUUUAAAGCCCCAGAAACGUUCCAGUUGCCGGGUAAAUGAUCCCUGAAGGUUUUGAAUCAUUAUCGAAUUGUUCGAUGAUCAGAUAAACCCACGAAUUGAGUGACGCAAUUAUUAUAAUAUUUUUUUUGAAAAUCGUGUACUGUUGAUCAGAUAGAUGGUAGACGGUGGGUUGCAGGUGUUGGCAAGUGUUUGUGAUUUUACUUGGAAUUUUUCAAAAUUAUUUCAGUGUGAACCAUGGAUACUGAUGUAGAAUCUUGUCUCAAGGAUUGGAAUGAUCUUGCCAGUGAUUUUAAAGCACUUGAGGCUCUCAAUAGGGAGUAUGUUGCGAAAUUGGAGGAGCUGACAGAGCUCCAGGGGAAAUGCCUGAAUGGAAUUUCCCAUCAGAGAUAUCGGAUGGGUGUCAUUUCCAAGUCUCUGAAGCAAGUGGCCAGUGGAGACUGCCAAAAAUUGAGGAAAGAUAUGGAGAGACGAGAAGAACAAUUGCACGAGAUAGAGCAGACAUUACCAAAGGCGAAUGGCACGUAUUUAUCAAUUAUUCUCGGCUCCGUCAACGUAUCAAUAUUGAACAAAGAUGAGAAAUUCAAGUACAAAGACGAGUAUGAGAAAUUCAAAGUGGUACUUUCUGUCAUUGGAUUCAUCCUGAGUGUUAUUAAUUUAUUCACUAAUUUCAGGACUCUCGAGCUGAGCUUUAUGUUUCUUCUAGUUUGGUAUUAUUGCACGUUAACGAUACGUGAGAGUAUACUAAAGGUCAACGGUUCACGUAUAAAAGGCUGGUGGCGUUUUCAUCAUUUUUUGUCGACAGUUGUUUCUGGAGUUUUACUCGUUUGGCCAAAUACGAGUCCUUGGUAUGCAUUUCGAGGACAAUUUAUGUGGUUCAACGUUUAUAUUAGUUUCGUCCAAUAUCUACAAUUCCGUUACCAGAGGGGCGUACUGUACCGCUUGAAAGCCCUUGGAGAACGUCACAACAUGGACAUAACCAUCGAGGGAUUCCACUCUUGGAUGUGGCGAGGCCUAUCAUUCCUUCUGCCGUUCCUCUUCGUAGGAUAUUUCUUUCAAUUAUACAAUGCCUACACGUUAUAUCAUCUCAUGUCCCAUCCAGAGGCAACCUGGCACGUGCCAGUUCUCUCUGCCAUGUUCUUCAUUCUCUUUCUCGGAAAUGCCAUCACUACAAUUCUCGUCAUUCCCCAGAAAUGGCAAGACACCUUUCGUCGUCAAUUGCCAGACGUUUUCAACUUUAAAAACGAUAAAAGAAAAACCUCCCAGGUGAAGAAUGAGUUUACAUUGUCUCAGGAGAAAAAUUCGGAAGGAAAGAGUCAGGAAAAUCUUCAAGAUAAAAAGGAAAAUUAAUUUAUUCAAUUAUUUAUUAGGUGAUUAACGAUUUUUAAAAUCUGUCAUUUACUGUUUCUCGUUUUCUUUUCCCAUUACUUUUGAGAUUACAGGGAGAUAGUUUACAAAGGUUUCCGUAGCAUAAUAUGCAGUGUCAAUUAAUAUUGAUUAAUAUAGUAAUAUAUUUUUUUUAAUUCUGCUGGUGAGUGGACAUGAGUUUGAUUGGGAAAUAGUAGCACCUGACUGGCUUUUUUUUUCAAGAUAAUCGACUUGUACUAAUUGAAAA